AUGGCGCCUGGUCGGCUGGAGCCGCCCGCGUGGCGCAAGGAGAACUACGCCGGCAACAGACGCUUCAGCGUCACGUCCAGCGAGGAUGCACCCGUGUCUGGUGCAAAAGCGAAGCAAGAGCGAGAGGCCAAUGAAAUGGCGGAGUUUGAGGCUAUUGAGCGGGAUUUGGCGGCGGAGAAAGAGGCCUACUUGAUGGAGAAGCAGCAGCAGGAACAGCAGCAUUAUCAGCAACCGCCCCAAUCGGACCGGCCAGACCAGGUUAAUGACAACCAUACCGACCAUUGGGGAUUGCCUCUGGACGACGAGGCGGACUCAGCUCUGGUAUUCGACAGCCAUCAGGACACGCUGCCAAAGGAUGAGUUGUUGUCCGAACGCGGUGGAUUUACGGAACAGCUUCGUGAUCACUUUGGCUAUGGCAACCACUACGGCGACCUGCCUUCAGAUCUUAGUGCCCUUCAGAAACGGAAGGAUUACUAUGAACAAGAGGUCAAGAAACUUGCGCUCGAGCGGGAUGAGUUUGCGCAAUAUCAGCAGGAACAACGGGUGCUGAUCGAGAAGGAGUGGGAGCGAGAGCGCGCCAAGAUGAAGAAAGAGGAAAAGCUCCAGGAGAGGCAGUGGAAGCUCCGCAUGAAUGCAACGAUAUCCCACCAAGAUCGAAAAGACCGCGGCGAAGUCGAAACGCUCAAAGCGCAAAUUGUGAAGAUGCAGCUAGAUGAGAAAGCACGUGCCAGUAAGUGGAAGGCUGUGAACGACAACUUGCGGCAGCGUGUGACGGAGUUGGAAGGAAAGAACCGCGAGCUUAGCGACGAAAUCAAGUUUCUGGAGAAGGAUCGCCUGGAGCAGUGGGAAAGGUAUGAACGUCUACUGAAGGAAAAGCAAGACACUUCGAGUAAGGAAUUCAAGCCGCAGUCAACAGCUGACGCGGCUAUCUCAGCAUCGAUAUCAUCGCUGUCAGAGAUCAAAACAGUGAGCCAAGAGAUCGAGCAUGCAGGAGGCAAGAAGGAGUUGAUAUACUCGGACGGCAGCAGGAAGAUCAUGUUCCCGGACGGCAACGAGAAGGAUAUCGACGCCAGCGGUCACGUCGUCAUCAAAUUCACGAAUGGUGACCACAAAGAGCUCUUCCCGGACACGGGGAUCAGUGUAUAUUACUACUACGAGGCCCAGACGAAGCUGACGACGUACCCGGACAACCGCAAGGUGUACGAGUUCCCGAAUCAGCAGAUCGAGUCGAGCCUCCCGGACGGCACCACGGAAAUCCAGUUCGCGGAUGGCAUCAAGAAGACGAUCCGUCCAAACGGCGACGAGUUCUCCGUGUUCCCGGACGGCACGACCAUGCUGGAGCAGCCGGACGGCCUGCGCGAGGUGACGCUGCUCAACCAGAAGAAGAUCCGCUACUUCCCGGACGGACAAAUGGCCUGCGUGGCUCCCGGCGGCCAGGAAACCCGCGUCCGCUCGGACUUCGAGCUCAAGCAGCUCAUGGACAGCACGUAA